UUGUCCAUAGAAACUACUACUAUUAGGUUCGGUUCAAAAUAAAGUAAUAUAAUGUCGACGUUAGAACAAUUUUACUAAAUUUUUUUGGUUAAAAAAAUAGUAAUAAAAAUUUUAUUUAAAGAAAAAGAAACAACAACAAUAAGUUAUACUAAUAUUUUUUUAACCUGUUCAAAAAAAAAAAGUACAAACAUUAAGUGUCGUUUGAAAAAGACGGGCGUCGUCUCUAGUCAAUUUUAAAUAUUGUAUUAAAGUUUUGUAAUUUAAUGAAAAAGAAAUCUUGUGUAUUAAGAAAACAAAAUUAUGCUUAAGUAUAAUUAUUCAAAAAUUUAAUAAAUAUAAUAAAUUAAAUUAUUAGGAAAGUCAAAAGGGUUUAACAAAAAAGAAGGAGUAAAAAUUGAAAAAAAAGCAUUUUAAUAAAAAAAAAGUAAUUAUAUUUACUUAUAAUUAACAUACUUAUAUUAAUGUACAUAAAAGUUAAAUAGUGUUUAAAAAGUUAAAAUAAAUACAAUUAAUUAUAAAAUUUAUUUAAAAAAAUUAUUUUAGUUUAAUAAAAAAUUUCAAAGAAAAAAAUGUCAAAAGCAUAUCAUUCACCUUCGGCACCACAAGACGAUCAAUUUUUUGUAAGGCAAAAACCACAACCAUUUAAUUUAAGUAGAUUUAUUUAUAACAAAGCUGAAGGUACCUAUCUCGGGCGGAAUGGUACUUCAUGGGCUAAAAUUGGAAUUUUCUACACAGUAUUCUAUGGUGUCUUAGCAGCUUUAGUUGCCAUUUGUAUGUGGGCAUUUUUCCAAACAUUGGAUCCCCGUAGACCAAAAUGGACUUUAGAGAGUUCAUUAAUUGGAACAAACCCUGGUCUUGGAUUUAGACCACAACCACCUGAAGAAAAUAUAGAGAGCACUUUAAUUUGGUAUAAGGGAACGGAAUAUGAAAAUUAUAAGCAUUGGACAGAUUCAUUAACAGAAUUUCUAGGAGUAUACAAAACUCCUGGUAUGACGGCUGGCAAAGGUCAAAAUAUUUUUAAUUGUAAUUACAAUCAGUUGCCGCCAUUAGGACAAGUUUGUGAUGUUGAUAUUAAGAGUUGGGAGCCAUGCACUCACGAAAACAACUAUAGCUAUCAUAAAAGUUCACCAUGCGUUUUCUUAAAACUGAAUAAGAUAUUCGGUUGGAUCCCAGAAUUUUAUAAUAAUUCAAAAGACUUACCAAGUAAUAUGCCAAAUAAUUUAAAAGAGUAUAUUGCUGAUAUGGAGAAAACUCAAAAGGAAAAAAUGAACACAAUUUGGGUAUCAUGUGAAGGUGAAAAUCCAUCAGACCAGGAAUAUAUUGGACCAGUUGAUUAUAUACCAAUUCGUGGUUUUCCUGGGUAUUACUAUCCAUAUUUAAAUUCUGAAGGCUACUUAAGUCCACUUGUCGCUGUUCAUUUUCAACGACCAAAACGAGGAAUAAUUAUUAACAUCGAAUGCAAGGCUUGGGCACGUAACAUUAUUCAUGAUCGAAAGGACAGAAUAGGAUCAGUACAUUUCGAAUUAUUAAUUGACUAAGAAAGUUUAGCAGAACAAUUUAUAAUUAAAUUUUUUAUAUUAUAAUUAAAAUAAUAUAAUUAAUAUUUUUGUUUCUAUAUAUAUGUAUAUGUAAAAAAAAUAUUUUAAUUCUUUCGCUCUGUACGAAAGUUACAUUACAAUCCAUUCAAAUGAGUAACUAUCAUACAUAAAUACUUAUAUUUACCUUAAGAAACUCGCCCUUUUUUAAUUUGACAUAAAAAGCAACGAUGUGUAUGACAUACUCGUACAAACAGAAUAAAAAAAAAACAAAACCGCAACCAUUUCAAGAAUUUAAUUUGAAUAAUUUUACUAAAAGAUUAUUUAGAUAUAAUUUUUAAAUUAAAUUAUUAUUUUACCUUACAUGCAAUUAAAAUUUAUGAUUUUAUUUCUUCUUAAGGCAAGAUAUUUCAACUAAUUUCAAAAUAAAAUAUUUAAAAUAAUUUCUAAAAUAUACACAAGAAAUUUCUGAAAACUUUAAUAUUAUUAGUUCAAUUCUGUUCAGAAACUUGACAAUUUUUAAUUCUGAAAAUUUUUGCACUAAAAAUCUGUACCUGCACCUUUUAGAUUUAAACGUUAUUAUUUAAAUUAUAUAAGAAAAACAAUUGUUUCAACAAUUCGAAUAAAAAAUUUAGUAUAUUGCAAUAAAAAUUAAAAAAUAAUUAAAAUGUAGUAAAACACGUCUGAAAACAUAAAAUUUGAGAAACCAUUUUGAAAAAGAAAAAUUUUAUAUAAUGAAAAUGUGAAAAUAUUUUUCUGUUUUAAGCAUUUUGCAACCAAAAUAAAUAAAAAUCUUUAUUAAGAAUGUUUCUUUAAUAAACCAAAAAAAUCUAAAUAAAGCUGUAAUUUUACAUAUUUUUUAGCUUCAAUUUAUUCUAGAAUAAGAAUUAAAUAAUAAAUUAAUAUAAUGUGCCUUAUUGAUUAAUCGUUCAAUCAAACAUAUGUAUUUCUAAAAAUAAAAAAUUAGAAUUUACUCUAUUUUUUACAUAUUUCUUUAUAUUGUCCCCACAAUGAUUAGCUCAUGAUUGCUCAAAAUAACAAUGUUUAAACCAUUAUUUAAAUUAACUUUCGCGAGAUUUUAAAAUGCCAUAACUUCGGUUUGGUGUUGGAAUUUACAUAAACACAUGUUAUUCUAAUAAUUUUAGGUAAAUUAAGAUAAUUUUAGAGAUUUGUGAGUUUACCCGUGUGGGGACGAUAUUUUUCAAUUAAAAUUUAAAUACGAAAAUAAGUUUUUAUUCUAAUUUUUUAUUUCAUUAGAUAUAUACGUUCAGAUCGAUAUUUAUUUUAAUAUGCUCCGUAUCUCAUGGAAAAACCUGUUUAUUAUAUUAUAAAUUAUACCGUACAAAAAUAAGUUGUCCAACGAAACCGGAAAGUUCUUUUCGCGGAGUGAAUAAUUUUGAAAUACAAAGAAGAAGGAGUUGACUGUAUAACUCAAGCAUGAAUUUAUUUUCUUAAAGAUUCUUUCAAUUAACAUUUAUACAUGUGUUAUAGAAGAUAUUUUACAUUCUAUAUACUCAAACUGCCAUUUCGGGAUUUUUUUAUAGUUGAAAAUGCUUUAAUUACCUAUAUUUUAUUUUGGAUGUUCAAAAGCUUAAAAUCAUAAUUCAAAAUUUAAUAAAAAUCUUAUAACUUCCAAAAUAACAAAUUUUAAAAUUCUCAGGAUGGGUCUUUUGGGACAACCUUUCCUCCCUUCUACUUGUAAUAUAAAAUUGAGUAAAAUAUUUUAAUUUUAAUUAUAUUAGAUUGUAAAAUAGAAAAAGUAAAUACAAAACUACAAAAAAAAUUAUAAAAAGCAAUCAAAUUUCGAAUAUAAAUAAAAUUUUUGUUGUUCAUUAAAAUAAUUCAGUUACAAUUAUAAGAUAAAUAAUAGCUAAAAGAUAAAAUGUUUAAUAAGUCGUUAAUUAUUAAUAAUAAAAUAUCAAUGUUGAAUGACGAUUAUAGAAUUUCAUGGAAAACUUUUAAAUAAAACAAAAUAAAAACACAUAAAAAUUGUAUUUGUAAAUUCUAAAUCUUUAUGAAUAACAAUUAAAAGCUUAAAAAUUUUAUCUACAUUGCACUAAAAUUAAUACACAUUGCACUCAUAGACGUGGAGAACUAUCAAUGUCACAUCAAUACAUUCAAUAGUUUUCAAAUAUCGCAACGAUCGAGGUUUUUAUUUCGUUAAAUAAAUUAUUUAAAAUCUU